AUGCGCUUCACGCUUGCUCUUCUUCUUGCCUCGGCAGCCUCCACCCAGGCAGGUGUCUUCACCCAAACGACCUACAACGCCGUCCAAAUAUCCGGCGGAACGGCAGGAAACGCCCAGGCCGAGGCCGAGGCCGUCUUCAGCGCACUGGACCAGAACGACCUGGCCGGCGCCGACCAGGACGAUAUCGCAUUUCUCGACUCGGUCAACCAGAUCUGCAACGGCGCCGAGGAUGACGUCUUCAACGGGGCCGUCGCCGCGGCGACUGGCGAUGCGGCCGAUGCCCUCCAGCGCGGCAAGAUAAAGAACAAGGUCCUCAAGCUCACAGCUAGCGUACUUCGCCUGUCGAUCGACCAGGCGCAGGGGAAGGAUACCGCCGAUGAGCUGGCUACGGAGCAGGGGAAGCUCGCUACCAACAUUCAGCAGGACGAGGAUGAGGCUGGAAAUCCGUCGACUGCUGUGCAGUUUGAUGCUACCACGUCCUGA